AUGACUGAAGCUCCCGCACAAAAAGGGCUGUCCGCCAAGUUGGACAAGAAGCGCAAGAGACAAGCCGAUGAUUCUACCAAGCAAGACAAGCCCGACACAGCGCCUGCAGCAGCCCCGACUACCUCGGCUGAUGGUCCAAGCAAGAAGAAGCGCAAGAACAAAAAGAAGCAGCCUCAGCAGGAUGAUAACGCGCAGGAUCGCAAGAACGGCAUAGACGAGUCCAUUGGAAGAAUGGACGGGAAGCUGCUGGCCGAUUACUUUGCGCAGAGGGCACAGAAGCUGGAUAAGGAAUUGUCCGCAGUGGAACUGAACGAUCUUUCUGUCUCAGAUUCCACAUUCCUCGAUACGUCUGCCUACGCCGAGCCCAGAACCCUGGAGAAGCUUCCUGAAUUUCUCAAGACAUUUAGCCCCAAGGGUUUGGACUUGUCGAAGUCAUCGGAGCAGAAGGGUACCCCUCAUACACUUGUGAUUACGGGCGCUGGCCUUAGAGCAGCAGACAUCGUGAGAGCCCUUCGUUCUUUCCAAACCAAGGAAUCUAUUGUCGGUAAACUUUUCGCAAAGCAUAUCAAAUUGGAUGAAGCGAAGCAGUUUCUCCAACGUGCGCAGAUGGGUAUUGGCAUCGGCACGCCCACUCGAGUCGCUGAUUUGGUCGAAUCUGGCGAUUUGAAAUUGAAUGAGCUGCAACGCAUCGUUAUUGAUGGAUCGCAUAUCGACCAAAAGCAGCGCGGUAUUUUCGACAUGAAGGACACCCAUUUCCCCCUGCUAAAGCUCCUUACUCGACCCGAACUGCGUGAGCGGUAUGCGGCUAAGAAGAACAAGACGCAGAUCUUGAUAUUCUGA